AUGUUACAAAAUAUCCAAUCAAAACAACAAUUCACUUCAGCUUUGCAAAACAAAAACGAUAUGAUCGUUCUUGAUUUCUUUGACGAGUGUAACCAUUGCUCUAACAUGAACAACAAGCUUGACGAGUUUAGCGACUGGUAUGAAACUCAAAACAAACACGUUAAAUUUUACAAAUGUAACGUUGAAAAGGAAAAGGAAUUGGCUGAUGAUUACCUGGUUAGUUCUAUUCCUACUACAUUGUUUUUCAAAAAGGGGAAAUUGAUUGAUAAGGUUAUUGGACCUGAACCCAAUGAAAUCAAACGCGUUAUUGACAGUGACUUGAUGUGA